AAGCGCCAGUCUUUGUCUGGCUCAGUGACCACAGUCAUGGGCAAAGGUCUGGCUGUUGCCACAAAGAACCAGUCUUCGUCUGGCCAGCCGACCAAACGCAUGUCCAUGCGCUUGGCCCUUGCCAGAAAGAGCCAAUCUUCAUCAGGCCCAAUGACUAGGGCCAUGGCUAUGGGCUUAACCAUUGCCAGAAAAAGUCAGUCUUCAUCUAGCCGGGUGACCAAAGCCAUGGCCACAUGCUUGGCUGUUGGGAAAAAAAGUCCCACAGCUAAAGCCACGCAAUUGUCCGUUCCCAGAAGAAAAAUUCCAUCUGGUCCGGUGACCAGAGCUGCAGCCAUAUGCUUGGCAGUUGCCAACAGCGGUCAUUCUUUAUCUCACCAGGCGACCACAGCCAUGGCGACAGGCUUAGCUGAUAUCAAAAAGAGUCAAUCGAUGCCUGAUCUGGUAACUGCCCCCACUGCCAAGCACUUGGUAGCUGCCAAAAAAAGCCACUCUCUGUCUGGCCAAAUGAUGGCAGCCAUACCUACACAGUUGGCUGUUACCAGCAAAGGUCAAUCUUCAUCUUGCCCCAUGACCACAGACGGGGCCACAUCCUCGACUACUGCUACUACAGGACAAUCUUCAUCCGUGGAUACAAGUAACAUGAAAGAACCCGUUACAGAAACAACUAACAAGGAGACACCUGUUACAGAAGAGAUGACCAAGAACAGGCAACUUACUGGAAAGAAAAGGCCUGAAAGGCAGCUGCGUUUCAGCUUAAGGCUGAUAGAGAGUCCCUCCAGAUUCAAAGAUAUCGUGGUGAGGAAGCAAGAUGGCUUCACCCACAUCUUUUUAUCCACAAAAUCAUCGCCAAAUAACUCACUAAAUCUAGAAGUGAUGACAGAAAUUCAAAAUGCUCUGAACAAAGCUGCUGAAGACGACAGCAAGCUGGUACUACUCGGUGCCAUUGGCAGUGUCUUCUGUUUUGGCCUGGACUUUAGUUAUUUUAUACAACAUCUGAGAGGGAACAAGAAAAGCGAAAGCACUAGAAUGUCAGGAUCAAUCAAAAAAUUUGUGAAUACUUUCAUUCAGUUUAAGAAGCCUAUUAUCGCAGCAGUCAACGGCCCAGCCCUUGGACUGGGAGCAUCCAUAUUGCCUCUUUGUGAUGUGGUUUGGGCUAAUGAAAAGGCUUGGUUUCAAACACCCUAUACCACCUUUGGACAGAGUCCAGAUGGCUGUUCGAGCUUUACAUUUCCCAAGAUGAUGGGACAAGCCUCUGCGAAUGAAAUGCUACUCAGUGGGCGGAAGCUGACAGCACAGGAAGCUUGUGAGAAGGGCCUGGUCUCUCAGGUAUUUUGGCCACAAACCUUCAGCCAGGAAGUCAUGAUUCGAGUCAAGGAGAUGGCCUCAUGUGAUGCAGUUGUCCUGCAAGAGUCGAAAGCCCUACUGCGCUUUAACACCAAGACGGAGUUGGAGCAAGCCAAUGAGAGGGAGUGCAGAGGGCUGAAGGAUAUUUGGGGCUCUGUAGCAGGGAUAGAAGCCAUGUUUAAAUACCUGCAAAACAAAAUUGACUACUGACUAGUUAGACUGCCACCAAUGACCCUGGAACUGGCUUAAUUAGAACAUUAGGAUACCAUAGUUCCCAGUUAUGAUAAAGCCUAAAACAAGCUCACCUAUAUAUAAUUUGUGCCUAGGAAGACUGGAACAUCCAAGCCACCUAUUACCAAAGCGUUUUAAAGAACGGUGACCUUAAAAUAACUAACUGCAAAGCACCUUUAAUCAAAUAUCCUUACCUUAUAUCCACAUGCAAGCAAGUAUGAGAAAGUAACAGUGAGCACUUCUUUGGCUAGUACUAUAUUAAAAUGUCUUCUA